ACGCCCUUGCCCAAAUCGGUUUCCAGGGCCACACCGCCUGGAUAUCCUCCGUGUCCUGGGCUCCACACCGCCAGGACCAGUUCGUAACCGGUUCUGUGGACCAAUCGGUGCGCUUGUGGGACACUCGAAAUUUGACCUCUUCCCUCUACGACCUCGUAGGUCACACUGACAUGGUGACGUGUGUGGAUUGGGCAGCUCCCG